CUGGGUGAAUGAAUCGGACGUGCGCGCCGGCAGUUUUUCCGCCUUUUCGAAGCGGCAGUUUUGCUCCAGAAACUCUCUCGUGAUCGUGUCGGUGGCUGCGGCGGGAGAGAACAGCAGUGACUGGCCAAGAGUGACUCGCUCCUCCGAGUCAGUCAGUCGGUGUGCAGCAGGUGAAAGACGCACAUGUGCUCCUACCUCCGCCAUCAAGCAACCACAAGUGCUGUGCAUGGAUUAAGUGCUGUGCGAAGCGGGAACAUGGACUGAAACCCGACGAGUGCUUCACGUCCUCUCUAAUUUCGGAUCUUACACAGUAUGCGGUGCGUGAUUUUGGCCGCCGUUGCGGCUGUGGUCGUCUGCGUCCAGGGUGUCGUCGGCCAGCAAUUGUUCUACUGGGAGCAGCAGCCGGUGCCCGACUACAGCUACGGAGACGUGAUCACCUCGUGGGACCCUGGAGUCCAACAAAGUCAGAGGCUGCCUCGUCUCGCCAUUUCCGAGGAUUUUGAGGCUGCAGCUUCAAGCAGCGAUUAUGUGAAGUCACCAGCUGCAGAUUCGGCGAACGGCAGGCGCAGAGCACGACAGAGAUAUAACGGGGUCAACCAGGGUUCCGCGUUGAAGAGAGCGGAGCAACCCCAGCAGAAGGAUGAGGCCGCAAACGGCCUUGCCGCGGCCGAGAGCGAAAAAGCGGCCGCGCCCAAGAGAACCAGGAGUCGCGGCGGCAGCAGGGCGGAGUCGCCGGCCAGCACUAAGCAACUCGCUCAACAGGCUGAGGAGACAACCACAGCUACGUAUAGAGCAAGGAGCUACAGAGGAAAGUCAUCCUUCUCCGCCCCAGAAGUACCAGGACCGAAACGCGGUGGAAGCACAAAGUUUCCUGAGAGUACGACGGAAGAGGCGGUGGUGAAACGGCGGCCCCUGGAAGCCAGGAGAAAACUGUACGGCGACGCGCAGCGCAAAGAGAGACCCGCGGAGGAAAUAUCCAAUUCCGAGAAACCGACUACAGAGAAACCAGUCAAGCGGUCGUUUUUGCCGCGACCUGAGGAGGUGCCAUCGAGCGAAGUUAGACCUGUGACUUAUAAACCUUCAGUGACUUACAAACCGUCCACUAAAAUCCCGAGUCCAAACGCGUCCAAACCGAGCCCUGAAGUGACAACUUUCAGGCCCCACAAAGACCUUUUGUCGUCCGAAUCAACGACCGUGGCAACGAGCAAAACCUCCGUGCCGGCAAAGUUCAAAUCUGUCACGGUGAUUUCGAACCAUCGCGAGGAAAUUUCAAUUCGAAAAACGACUGACAGACCGAGCCGAAAGGCAACGGUUGUCGUCAAGUCCGUCUCGCCCAAGAGCGAGCACAAAAAGGCGGUGGUAGUUUCAAUUGGAACCACCCCUUCAACCCCUACGCCUGAAGGCACCGCCACCCCUGCGCGCGUUUCGACCAUACUGUCAAUAAAAAACUCGGUGCUCGACCUGUCGCCGCCGCUGCCAAAGCUUUCUUCCACGGCAUCCGCCUCCUACGAUCCCUACUCCUCCCUGAAACAAACUACCCCCUCGAAACCGCCCCCCACAACGACUCGGACCUCCAGCACGACUACUACCACCACCUCCACGACGGACAGACCUUUUCCAGCUCACGUUCCGUCGCCAAGUAACGAUUUGCAGCCGCUAAAAGAGCAAAAAAAGACGACAGCCGCGAGAAGAAGAAAACCCAGUGGUGAAGGUGUUAAAUACUCGACGCAGCGCCCCAAAGGCUCCGAGGAGGACAUCAGCGAAUCAGACAACUAUCCUGAGGAGUUUAAACAGAAGAUCAAGAGUGGUGGAGGCCCGAAGGAAAAUGACACUCCUUUCAUCGUGACACCCUCAAAGGUGUUCCCUGCAAAGAGCACGACUACUUCCACUACCACUUCUACAACAACGACCACGACUACGACCGCAAAGCCGAAUACGCUCCCGACAGAGGACAAGUUCAUCGAAGAAGAAAACCAGCUGUUGAGCGGUAAGGGACGCCGCCCUCUGCGCCCUAGCAGCGGGUCAUCUACGCCGGUAGGACGUCGACGAUCGCCCGCACUCGCCGCCACCACCAGGGCUCCUGGUGACGACAAGGAGGCAGUCAAGAGCGGCACCACUGAAAAGCUGCGCAAGCCCGUCAGAAGUAGGCCAGCGCUACAGACCGCCUCGCUCAUUAACGAAAGCCUUCGUGACACGAAGGACACAGUGGCCAGCAGCACGUCUGAGGCACCUAGACCAAUCUACUCCAGGCUAAAUAGAAACAAACCAGUCAUUGUUUCGGAUGAGGAUAACUCUUCUCCAUUAAAGUUCAGCUCGAAAUACCGCGGUGAUCUGAAGACAAUAGUGUCGAGCACGCCGGUCUACGUGCCCACGGUUCCCUCCUUGACGUUCUCGCUGCUAUCCGAGAAGAAUUCGGCUAAGCAGCGUGGUUCCAAAAUCCCUGUCCUCCCUCCCCGGGUAUUGUCCACGAGACAGGCACCCUCCACCACAACCACGACUGAACCCACAACUACUAUUAUCCCAAUAACCACCAUCACAACUUCUACUGCGGCCCCAAAGACCACACCUACAACUCAAAAAACUACCACAACAACUGCUAAACCUAACACUACCACAACCACAACAACCGAAAUCCCCAGAGUAAUAACUACCACCUCCACCCCAAAAACUACAACCACGCCCACAACAACUACUACAACCACCACAACUACAAAAACACCCACUAGCACAACCACAACAACUAGCACAACCACAACCACGACUACACAAUUGCCAAAAACGCUUCCUUCCAAAACUCGAUCUCAAGAGGCUGUGACUGAAAAAUCCAAGGGCUCGACGCCCAUUAUCAAGCCCCCGACGACGACGACGACGACUACGACGACGACUACGCCGGCACCUUCGACUCCGACGAUUGAUCUCCCGCCGGCUAAAAAGGUCGCAACCAUCGUCACGAGCAACGGUCUGCGCUCUAGCACGGCAAGGACGCCUCAGAUUGACUCGACCAUUCCACGCCUUGAGGCACUCUUUGACUUCUCGAACGACAUCCGUGGCCACCACGCCCUCAACCUGGUGACAGAAAGCUCUCGGUCGGCGACCGAGGCCAGUACCACAAUCUUCUACACGGACCCUUACUCGAAGGUUACCACCUCAGGCUUUGUUGCGUCAACGACGCCAAUGCCGGUGAGUUCAUCAACCACCACAACCACCAAGCCAGAAGAGGACACCCCACCACCCAGGUUUUUAAAGCGCAUACCCAUCCUGCCACUCGGCACCCAGAGCAGCACCCAGGCUUCGAUCAGCUCCACGUUCCCCAAUCAAUUCGCAGCCAGGAGGGAACGUGUCUUGAGCCUUCCUUCAACCACCACCUCGUACACGAACACAAGAAUUGAGAGUGCGACGGUUUCGACAACCAUCCCAACAACUACCCAGGCUGUGCAUGUGUCUUUGAAAAGCUCAACCAUUUAUUCUCCUCCUGAAACUACGCCAUUUGAGUACAAAUCCUCCACGCUGCCAUCGACCACUUCAAAGAGUUUAACUACCACUGGAACGGAUAGUCCUGGAACCACGCCAUUUGAGAAUAAAUCCUUGACAAUUUCCAGGAGCUCUACUGCUAACACAUUGAUGGGCGAAGAAGCAGACGAAUUUUCCGUGACGGAAGCAAGAAACAUAAUUUACACAAGCACACCCUUCGUUUACUCAACAAUGUACACAAAACCUAUAGUGACCAGCACGGUCAAAAUACCAGACAUUCCCGAGAUCGAGGACAAUGAAGUGUCCCAAUCCUCUCUUUCUCCUCCACCCUUGCGCGCGGGUUCAACUCCGUCGGCUCAUGGCUUCCAGACCACGAGUUCCGCGCCUAAGGCUGAGGCACUGACUUCAACAACAACAACAAAGAAAGACGACGAUCCGUUCCUCGACUUUGGGCUGGAUACCACGAACGAGCCUACUUCCAAGGGCACUACCGAGCGAGCUACCUUUAUUUACAAAGUACCACGUAACAAAGGGGGGAGCAAGAGUGGUUCGAGCAGGCUAUCGACGGUUAUGGAGGCGGCAGUUGAACUGGCCAAAUAUCGCGUUCUAACUCCAGACACGGUUUCUUCGACCUCCAGUACGACAACACCGAUAGUAGCAAGCACAGACGCACCUUCAAUUAGUAGCACAACUCAGGAGUUUAAGUGGAAACCUCAUGAAGAAGAUAUCACGACUGAAAAGGUUGAAAUUGUAAAUGCAGAGACUUCAGGGCCAGGAGAUUUAUUGUCCGCUUUGCUAGAUGCACAGAAAUCUUCUUCAACGACCACAACUUCAACCACGACUUCCACAACUACGACCACCACAACAACAACUAGAAGGCCUACCACAACCACUACCGAGUUUGAAGGCCUGGAUCUGACCAGCCUCUUCAAGACGACCACAGCUAAGGCUCAAAGUAAUAGUGGAAGGAAAGUUCCCAAUAACGUAGUGCCCAUCAUCAGUGACAACAACCAAGUCAGUCAAACGACUCGUCGUCCAAGCAGGCGCCCAACAACAGAAGCAACAACCACGACAACAACCACCACCACAACCACAACUGCAGCACCAACUACUAAAAAAGCGAAUCUGUGGGUCGUACCAAAGGAAACUGGCGAAUCCACUUCGGCAUCAAACAACAAGGCUGAAACUAGUAAGGACACGCCAAUCGAUGCUCUUGGAGGAAUAACUGCCAACGACCUGCUCCUGCUCGAGUUGCUCAGCAAACGCGGCGGAGAGACGGCAAAGGGUGAAAAGGCCGCAAAACCCACAGAGCGACCAAAAAUUGAUUUUGCAGGCCUUAACUUAGCGAAACUGCUAGCAGCUGGCGAGAAAGAGGAGCCUAUUGAGCUGGACGAAUCACCAUUUGAUCAGGUGCAAACGACGAAACGGCCGUACAGAGUCGUGCCAACGAACCCUCCGCAGGCUCAAGCACCGCCAGCAGCCAGUGGCGCCUGGAACGCGGUGCAGGGUAGCGGAUCCACGCUCUUCCAGCUCCUCAAGGUCAUCGGCGGCGCCAGCCUGGGCCCGUCCAACGCAGCAGCGCCUGCAGAACCCGCCGACGUCUUCCUGGAAACCGAAGUGACCACUCCAAAACCGCGAGGCAGGCAGCAGUACCGACAGCCGGCACGGAGGCCAGGCCUCAGAACCACAACCACUGAGAAUUUCUUCUCCGCAGAAGAAGUUCCUGAGCCAUUCGACCCGCAGCCGCCACCGCAAUCCGCUCUGGUGACAGUGGCCAUUAACGUGACGAAGACGGUUGCCAGCUUGAUGGCCAGAGUAGUCUCAGGUGCCGCUCGGACCAUUGGAGCAGCCGUGCGGGGCGCCUCCACCGCCAUCCAGGAGCAGUGGCAGCAGCAGCAACGCUGACCGCAUUCCUGAUUAUUUAUUGAACUGCUCGAGUGCCGUUGCCAAUCAGCAAAACUUACUUCUUUAUCCUGUUUUUUCAUGCAUGUACCGGUGAGAGGAUUAGCAAAACAUUUUUAUUUAUACGCUGCUCAUCUUAUCAUUUUGAAAAAUAGUGUUUUUGUCGAACAAGUCAGAGCUCAUCCUCAUCGAUAUGUAAGUGCCUAGAUGGUUUAUAGGACUCGUUUGCUUCUUGUGACAUAAUAGAUGCUAAGGUCGACUUUAUUUUGUAAUGAACGAUUUAGUGUGUGAUUUAUGAAUUUUCAACGCGCAACGUCUCGUGCAAACGGUGCCUAGUCUGAACUUUUUUAACAGAGGAAUUGCUUGCUGCGACAUAUAGCGUUUGUGUAUAUGUGAUGUGACUUGUGUACAUUUUAGGAAAGAAUAUAUAAACUGUAUAAUUUUACAAA